GUAAUAAAAAUAGGAUUCCUUGCUAAUAAUUCUGCCUUUGUGGAUCCGACCAGAGACUUCAUAAUUUCCCUGUUUUUAUCUUCACUUUCUUCUUACUUCUUCUUCACUGCUUUUAAUUUGUUUCUAUGUCCAAGGUCUAUCACAAAUUUUGAAGCAUCCAGUCAAGCUAGCUUUGUAAGAUAGUCAAGGACGUCAACUUCGCUGCUUCCUUUUCAGUUCUAAUCUCUCAACACUUUUCAGCCACUAAGUCAGGGACAUAACAAUGGAAUACGUAGAGCCUGUUGUCGCCAUUGCAAAUUGUCUCAGAACUCCUGUUUGUAAAUAUUUGCAAUAUCACAGAAAGCUGAACGAUUAUGCGAGAAACUUCAAGACGAUCAGAGAUGAAUUGAAUUGCAAAAUGGAAGAUAUAGAGCUGCAAUUGAAAGCAGAGCUUCUUCGUCCUCUGGGGAAGAUACCGAAGAAGGGAGUUGAAAAUUGGUUGAAAGCUGUGAACGAGAUGAUUAGGGAAGCACAAGUUGUUGAAAACAAAGUCAGUAACGGGAGAUAUCUCUGUCGUGCUUGCAACGGGAAGCUGGUUGAUGAAAAGACUCGAGAAAUGAAGGGAUUUCUUGAUAAAGCUCCUAAUGCCUCUGAAGGUCUUGCCAUGGAUGGUCCAAGUGCUGGGUUGCCGCUGCCAACAUCAGAACUAGUUGGAGAGGAAGCUGUCAGAAAUGAGAUUUGGGCAUGUUUGAUGCAGGAGGAGGUGAGCAAGAUUGGGGUUUGGGGGAUGGGCGGUGUGGGUAAAACCACUAUCAUGAAGCACAUCCACAAUGAUCUUUUGAAACAGCAAAGAUUCGAAAGGGUAAUCUGGGUUACCAUAUCAAAGGAGUUCAAUGUAAUGAAAGUACAAGAUGAUAUUGCAGGUGCUUUGAAGUUGAAGGAAGAUUGGCCCAGAGAAGGAGACAAGCUCAGACGAGCAGCAAUCUUGUCAGAAAUGCUGAAGAACGCAGGAAAGCGUGUUCUAAUCCUAGAUGAUGUGUGGGAUAAAGUCUCUCUAGAGGAAGUUGGGAUCCCCGAGCCAAGUGGCAGCAAUGGCUGCAAGUUGGUGUUGACAACCCGUUCGGAGCAUGUCUGUAAGUAUAUGGGUUGUAAGGUGAUAAAAGUGAAGCCCCUUUCAGAAGAAGAGGCAUUGAUACUAUUCUUGAAUAAAGUUGGACCUAACAUAGUUCAAAGUCCAACUAUAAUGCCAACUCUGAAGCUUGUUGUCAAGGAAUGUGCGGGUCUACCUCUUACAAUUGUCGUGGUAGCUGGUACCAUGAAAGGAGAAGAUAACCCUCUUAUUUGGAAAAAUGCACUCGGGGAAUUAAAAGAGAGAAUUGGGAAAGUUGAAGGAGUGGAAGCUGAGGUAAUCGAGCGCUUGAAAUUUAGCUUCGAUCACUUAAAGGACGAGAAAGUGAAAUAUUGUUUCUUGCAUUGCGCAUUAUAUCCCGAAGAUUUUGAAAUUGAAAAGGAUGAACUAAUUGAAUGCUGGAUUGAAGAGGGAUUCAUAGAUGAUAUGGGUACGAGACAAGAAAUGAAAGGCAAGGGCCAUGUUAUUUUGAAGAAGUUGGAAGAUAAUUGCUUGUUAGAAAAUGUCUCGAGUGGAAAAAUGAAAAUGCAUGAUGCAGUGAGAGACAUGGCAUUGUCGAUCACAAGAAUGAAUCCUCGAUAUAUGAUACAAGCAGGUUUGCAAUUAGAAGAGUUACCAGAAAAGGAGCAAUGGAGUCCGGAUAUUGAGAAAGUGUCACUUAUGUAUAACUCCAUAUCAGAAAUUUCCAUACAUGUGCUGCCCACAAAAUGUCAACUGCUCACAACCUUGUUAUUGCAGCAUAACCCUAUAAAGAAGAUCUCAAUUUCUUUCUUCACAAACAUGCCCUGUCUUUGUGUCCUCAAUUUGUCCUUUACAAAGAUAGAGAGUUUACCAAAUUCCAUUUCUGAACUAAAGAACCUCACAACAUUGUUGCUUCGUGGCUGUGUAGAAUUAAGAGAUCUGCCAUGUCUUGCGAUGCUUCAAGAAUUGAAGAAGUUGGAUCUUUUUGCGACUAAAAUUGAGGAAGUCCCUGAAGGAAUGGAUAUGCUGAUAAAUCUAAGAUAUCUUGAUCUUAGAGUGCGCACUCUGAAAGAGAUACCCGCUGGACUUUUACCAAAACUCGUUCACCUUCAGCACUUGGGUUUUUAUGAGAGCAAUGAAAAAACAAGUCUAAAAGCAGAGGAGAUGGAACCAUUGAAGAAGUUGGAGUGCCUUACCGGACAUUUCAAAGACAUCAGUGAAUUCAAUAAGUUCAUCUCCUCAAUGCAACAAAGUAAGAAAAAUCUCAUCAAGUACUCUUUACAUGUGGGCUCAUCUCUUUUGCAUGCUGCAGGAGAUAAAAGAGUAACAAUUGGAGGAGUCCAGAAUUGGGAAGGUGAGUUAAUUAUGCACCCAAUUGAAAUUCAAGAGUUGCAUAUUAUUGAGUGUGACUAUUUGAUGAACUUAGUCGAUGAUAAUUCUUUCUUCAAAAAUGCGAUUGACUUGAGGGUUUGUAGAAUUUGGUGGUGUGAAGAGAUAGAGUGUCUUGUUCCCCUGUCCUCUUUUGCCUCUUCUUCCGCUCAUCCAUUUCAGAGCCUCGAGGUGUUAGAACUUUCUGAACUGCCAAAGUUGAGUGCCCUUAUUAUGAAUGAUGAAGGAAUUGGUUCAGCAAAAACAUCAACAUUGGCUCCGUCUACCACCUUUUCCCAUCGUAAGAAAAUUUGUGUAGGGAGAUGCUCAAGUAUGAAGACGUUGCUUCCACAUUGGUUGCUUCCAAACCUCCAAAACUUGGAAGAAAUUCGUGUGAUAGAAUGUGAUGAGAUAGUAGAAAUAUUGGGAGCAGCAACAUCAGAAGUUGAAGAAAAAGGGAGUGAUGCAUUAAUCAAAUUCCAUUUUCCCAAAUUGAGAGAAUUGAGACUAAGUAACUUACCAAAUUUGAAGAGCAUUUGCAGCAAAAGUGGAGUGAUGGUUUGUGAUUCUCUCGAGUUUAUCGAUGUUUAUAAGUGUGAUAAACUGAAGAGAAUUCCUCCAUUUGUUCCCCUUGUUGGCAAUGGGCAGCCAUUUGCAUAUGCUCCACCUUCUCUUACCAUCAGGUCAUGGAAAGAAUGGUGGGAAUCGUUGGAGUGGGAUGACCAUCCAAACUUUAAAAAUGUUCUUCGCUUCGACCCCUUUGGAGGAUAAGAGAGAUUUGAGGAAACAUGGCCGGGAUUGUUGUCGGAAUCGUUUCGUUUGGUCUUCGCGAACCUGAAACUCGUCAUCCCUUCUGCGGCAAUGGUUUGGUGAGUUCAUUUUUUCCAAAUUAAAUUAUACAAUUUUGAAGAGUCAAACAAAAUUUGUCCUUGUAUUAUUUUAUAAUUUUUCAUUUUUUAAAGGACUAAACUUCUAAAUUUAUUAUUUUUGGGCUAAAGACUUAAGUCUAAUUAUUUUGAGUUGGGUUAAAUCUCAAAAUUAUACGUGAACUUUGAUUUAACGUGCAAUUGUAUACACGAACUUUAUUUUAGUACAAUUAUAUGCGUGAAACUUUAAUUGUGGUUCAAAUAUAUACUUGAAACUUUAAUUUUAAUUUAAUCAUACACAUUUAAAGAAAUAAACUUAUUUAUUUAUUUUUAUAUUAGAUAAAUAUAAUUAUUUAUGCAUGCGAUAUAUAAACAUAAAAUGAUGUUAUAUUAAUAAUGGUGUUAAUAAUUUACAAGAAUUGGAUCAAAUCAAAAUUUCAUGUAUACAAUUGCACAUUAAACCAUAGUUCAUGUAUAAUUUUGGUACAUAUCCUUUUUGAGUUUGAGUCAAAAGUAAGCAUUUGAUUAUUUUAAUCGGUUUGAUUUUUUUUAAUUUAACCGACUUAAUCGGCCUUAAUAUAGAAUAACUGAACCGAUCGACUAAGAUAUUGUUAACGGAUUUAAUGAAACUGACUAAGAUGUCAUUAAUUGGGUUUGGGUCGGUUUUCGAGUUGGGUUAGGUUAGUUAAUUGGAUUUUAAGUUUGUGUAAUUUAAAUUAUAUCACAUAUUACAAAUAUAUUUAAAAUAAUUUAAAAAUAAUAAAUAAAUAAAUAUAAGUCAGUUAAGUUGAUCGAUUCAAUUAUAAAUUUUAGUCAUUGGUACUCCACUGUCCAAAUCGACAAAACUGAAUUAAUUAAAAUUAAUCAAAUCACCAAUUAAGUCGAUUAAAUCAGUCAUAACUGAAUAAUACUCUUUCCUAAUUUGAGUUAUUUGGAUUUUGUGGUCAAAUUUUAAGUCGGAACAAUUAGAAUUAAGUUCUUUUGAAUUCAAAUUAGUCUAAAUUAGAGUCAUUUUCAUUUCGGAUUUGAAUUUACCUAUAAAAAAUAAUGAUCCAACUAAAUUAAAAUUUAGAUAAUUUUUUAAAAUUAUUUUGAGCAGUUUGGAAUAUUGGGUGUUCGAGCUUCUGGUACUAUUAGCUGGAUUGAUGCCUAAUUCAGAAGUAACUACUUCCUUGAUUGCCAUGUGGUAUGCUUGCCUUUUAGGGGUGAAUCCAGAAAAUCUUUUUGAGGGGGACGAAAUGAAAUUUUAAUUUGUAAUAGUCUAUAUCUUUAUAAUUUUUAAAUGAUUAAAUUAAUUUUUUUUAA